UCUGAUCCAGUCAACAUGCAUUCAUUUGGAGCUCUAGGUGUAGCUCUACAUGCAUCUCUGCUCAUGCUGCUGGUUCAAGGAAUGCACCGAUCUAGAGAUGGCGUUUACCACGGAAUAUCACGGAGAUUUGCAGCUGAACACCGUUUACCUGGAUACCAUAAUCUGGCACCGACGUAUAUGAUACACCUUUACCGGAAUUACAAAUCUAAUCGCACUCGGCCUACGGAUGUAACGGACCAUACCACCGUAGAGCAAGCAGACACAGUCAAGAGCGUGAUGGCAAAAUCUUUGUCUCACAGUCACAGACGCUGGAUUGCGACCUUUGACCUGUACACUUUAUUGGCCGAUGACCAGAUCCAAGCAGCGGAGGUCAGGUUCAGGUUUCCCCGGGCGAUGAUGGUUUCCAACGUCACCGUGGAGAUCUACCAUCACCACGACUACCCAUGCGGGCUGGCAGAGAAGACCUGCCGAGAACAUCAGCUAGUAGGACAGCUCUCAGCCUCCUCCGUGAUCACCUCAUCUCAGCACUGGAACGUUUACAACCUGACCAGUCCACUGCUGAACUGGCUGGACCAGAAACGAAUCUCCAGGCCCUCCAGGACCAAUGGACCAAAGCGGGGUCUGUCCUACCCCAACCCUGUCCAGUCAUUUGGAUCUAAAAUGGAGCAAAGGCUAAGCAACAGGGCCUUGCUGGUGGUCUUCUCUCACACAGGGUUGGAGGAAGGCUCCCAGGUCAAGGCAAGCCUCCUCCACACGGCAGAGCAGUCCAAGUUCCUGUCCGGCACUGAGCCCAAGAACGUCCUCAGGCCAAAGAGGCACAGAAGCAAACGUGGGCACUCGUCAAGCCAGAGCGAUCAACCGACGGUGAGGCGCCUAGAGGUGUCCAAGAGAACCAAUGAGAUUGACCCGUCCCUCUGUCGAAAGGUUGACAUGCAUGUAGACUUCAGUCUGAUUGGCUGGGGAUCAUGGAUUGUCUUUCCCAAAAAGUAUAAUGCAUAUCGGUGUGAGGGGACCUGUCCCAGCCCUGUGGGGGAAAACCUGAAUCCAACAAACCAUGCUUAUAUGCAGAGUCUCCUGAAACAUUACCACGCUGAGUGGGUCCCCUCUGCCUGCUGUGCCCCCACCAAGAUGAGUCCCCUCAGCAUGUUGUAUUACGAAAAUGGAGAGCUGCUGCUUCGGCAUCACGAGGAUAUGAUUGUGGAUGAAUGUGGUUGCCAGUAGCUUCUGUCACAGCCUUCCUACGUCCCCACUUUGGGAAAAGAAAACAGCGUUGAGCAAAGACAAAGCUGCCGGUUACUGGCCACCUCUCAUCAGGACACUGGAACCGAGAGAAUACAGGCGCCGAACGUCAGGGUGGAGUUUCACCAACAGAAAUGUGCUCCAAGAAUCUGUGCAAGACAGACGAAAACAGAUGAAAUAAAAACACUUUGUGUAAGCUCUUUGAAUAUUGUGACUGUGCACUCCUCAAGACAUGGCGGAUGUCCUGUAUGUUAGGAGAGAAUGUCUUUACUCUCUGGAAGUGAGUGCCUUGGAUUUUGGAAAUAAGUAAGAGUACCUGCUAAUGUCUGCCUACUAAUUUGAAGUCCUAAGCAAAUGUGAUGUUAUUGAAAAUUCAAGCACU